AUGUAUUGCCAUGUAUUGUCAUUUAUCGCAAUGUAUUACCAUGUACUGCCAUGUAUCGCCAUGUAUUACCAGGUAUUGCGAUGUAUUGCCAUGUAUCGCUAUGUAUUACCAUGUGCUGCCAUGUAUCGCCAUGCAUUACCAUGUGCUGCCAUGUAUUACUAUGUAUUGCCAUGUAUUACCAUGUAUUGCCAUUUAUUACCAUGUGCUGCUAUGUAUUGCCAUGUAUUACCUUGUGCUGCCAUGUAUUACCAUGUAUUGCCAUGUAUUGCCAUGUAUUACCAUGUAUUGCCAUGUAUUACCAUGUGCUGCCAUGUAUCGCCAUGUAUUACCAUGUAUUGCCAUGUAUUACCAUGUAUUGCCAUGUAUUACCACGUAUUGCCGUGUAUUACCAUGUGCUGCUAUGUAUUGCCAUGUAUUACCAUGUGCUGCCAUGUAUUACCAUGUAUUAACAUGUAUUGCCAUGUAUCGCCACGUAUUACCAUGAUUUCGAUGUAUCGCCAUGUAUUAUCAUGUAUUGCUAUGUAUUGCCAUGUAUUGCUAUGGAUAGCCAUGUAUUACCAUGUACUGCCAUGUAUAAGCAUGUAUUUCCAUGUACUGCCAUGUAUUACCAUGUAUUACCAUGUCUCACCAUGUAUUACUAUAUAAAGCCAUGUACUGCCAUUUAUUGCCAUGUAUUACCAUAUAUUACCAUGUUUUGCCAUGUAUUACCAUGGUUUGCCAUGUAAUACCAUGUAUAGCCAUGUAUUGCCAUGUAUCGCCAUGUAUUACCAUGUACUGCCAUGUACAGCCAUGUAUUGCCAUGUACUGCCAUGUAUAGCCACGUAUUGCCAUGUACUGCCAUGUAUAGCCACGUAUUGCCAUGUAUUGCCAUGUAUUACCAUGUAAAGCCAUGUACUGCCAUUUAUUGCCAUGUAUUACCAUAUAUUACCAUGUUUUGCCAUGUAUUACCAUGGUUUGCCAUGUAAUACCAUGUAUAGCCAUGUAUUGCCAUGUAUCGCCACGUAUUACCAUGUGCUGCCAUGUAUCGCCAUGUAUUGCCAUGUAUUGGUAUGUAUAGCCAUUUAUUACCAUGUACUG